AUGAGCACACAGAAGGAUACUUCCGCGCCCGCUAGCACGGAGGCGACAAGUAAGCAAAAUGACAUCAGCACUAGCACAACUUCAACUGGGAACGAAAUAAAAGAUAAUCAUGUUGAUAAAAAAGAUCAUGGAAAGUCUGCUGGAACUACAGAAUAUACUUCUAACACAAGUUCCAACGCUGUGUCGUCUUUACCUGUGUCUCCAACACCAAACUUUUAUUAUGCCAAUGGUUAUGCUGACCCACAAACUAUCGCUGCUGGAGAAUAUCAUGCUGCCAUGGCUGCAGGAUAUGAUCCUAGCGAUCCAAAUGUUUUCUCGGCCUAUGGCCAUUAUGGGAUGCAUCCGUCAUAUUCUCAAUAUUAUCCCGCAGACUACGGGACUGGGUUUCCGGGAACACCGCCUCUUCAAGGGCAGACAUCACCGUCUCUUCCACCACAACCUUUAAGUCCUUACUUUACUGCUACUAGCCCACCGAUUGCUUAUUAUCCCACAUCACCUCAAGUCGGCCCGACUGGGAUUAUCCAUUCACCUCCCAUGCAUCCGUCGUAUUUAUAUUCACCACAGACUCCUUAUGGUGUACUUCAUACGCUCUCGCCUACCCUCUCACAAUCAUCCUCAUCUGCUCCUAAUUCUCCACCCCCACAAUAUUUACCUGGUCCUGGUGUCCCUUCACCUAAAGCCGGCCCCUUAAAUGGCAAUGGCCGUGGUAGUGUCAACCGCCCCCCUCACUAUAAUUAUGACAGAAGAAAUUCGGGUUCCCAUCAGAUACCUAAUCUUCCCAAUUUUAAUAAUCCGACAAAAACCACGAAUAUUUAUAUUCGUGGUUUACCACCCACUACAACUGACGAAUCUCUGCACAAGAUGUGUUCAAUAUACGGUGCUAUUACUUCAUCUAAGGCUAUUAUAGAUCAAAAGCAAGGCGACUGUAAAGGCUACGGUUUUGUUAUGUAUGAAUCUGAAGAUCAAGCCAAACAUGCCAUUGAACAAUUGACGCGAUUGGGAUUGCAAGUUUCCUUCGCCAAGGAAUCAUUCAGCACUAGAUUGAAGAACCUUCAGGAUCUAGCUUCUACAAACAUAUAUUUGUCCAAUUUACCUUUGGAUAUGAAUGAACAACAAUUGGAAGAAAUUUUCAAGCCUUAUAAAGUUGUAUCUAACAGAAUUCUCAGAGAUGCUAGCGGAACAAGCCGUGGAUCUGUCCUAAUGGAAGACCGUGAUUCUGCUUUGGCCAUAAUUCAAAAGUUUAAUGGCUAUCAACUUCCAGGAGCCAAUUUACCUCUGCAAGUUCGAUUUGCUGAUUCUUUGGCACAGAAGAAAUUAAAAGGACAGACAGCUAAGAGGCGUAUGUGGAGAACUAGAGAAUUCCCAUCUUUGGGAGGCAGGAUAAUUCCACAAGUUCCUGUUACUCCGGAGCACAUGUUGGGUAUGGCAACACCUGGCUCUCCACCAGGUCAUGGGGCUUAUCUUCAAUAUUAUUCUGAAGGAGUUCAACCUCCAGGAGCUUAUCCUGCUGGCUCAAUUUCUCCUCCAUUUGGCCCCCAAUAUGUUCCUCGGUAUUAUCAACCGCUUUAUUCGGGACCAAUUUUACACCAUGGGAUGGAAGGUCAAAUAGUGGCAGCUGAUACAUCAGCACCGAAUCCGCCCGAGACCUUAACUAAUGACGUUCCUCUGAUAGUUACUAGUGAUCCCACUGAGGAAUUGAGCGAAUUGGUUAAAACACAGUUGACUGUUGAUGGCGGUGAGAAUGAUAGUGGAACUGAAGGAGGAGAUACAAAAUCAUAA